AUGGAAUCAACUGAUUCACAAAAUAAAGAAUGUUAUUAUUGUACAGAAGAAUAUAAUCGUUUUCGUUUAUCAGUAACUGAUUGUUCACAAUGUAAACUUUCAUUAUGUUCCGAAUGUUUAUUAAAUCAUAAUAAAAUUCAUGAACAAGAAAUAUCUGAACUAAAAAUUGUCUAUGAUGAUUUAAGAAAUAAAAUAAAUGAAAAAGAAAAAUAUAUUAAUGAUACAAGUCAUGAAUCAAUUGAAAUUGUUAUUAAUUGGUAUCAAAAGCUGAUUAAUGAUCUUAUUGAAACUCAAUCACAAAUUGUUAAUAAUAUCGAAUAUGAACGUGAUCAAGCUCGAAAUGAAUUAACAAAAUUUGAUAAAAAUUUACAAUUAAUUAAUAACGAAAUACAAGAAUUAAAUGAUAAUAUAAAUAUAAAAUCAAUUGAAACAAAACUUAAUGAUUUAAAAAUCAAACUUUCGAAUUAUCAAAUUAUAAAAGAUAUUUAUCUACCAGAUUCACAUAUAUUUCAACCACGAUAUAAAAUUUCGUAUGAAUUUAAAAAUUCAUCAUCAAUCGAAGAAGAUUGGGAUAUUGAAAGUAAUGAAGUAACAAAUAUUCCAUUACCUUCGUCACGUCUUUCAUUAUCAUCUAUGCAUACAACAACGCCAUUGUUUUUUUCCGAUACGUCACAAACAUUUGUUACGCCAAAAGAUGAAGAUGACGAUGAAGAAAAUAAUUUUCAAUGGCAUGAACAAUUAGAAACAAAUAUCGAUAAUGAUUCAGAAUAUUUACUUGAUCCAAAAUUAUAUCGUCUUAGUAGUUCACGAUAUUUUACAUCGAAUAUUCAUUUAAUAGCAUCAAAUGGCAAUGAUAUUUUAUGUUAUUCUCAUGAAUCAAAACAAUUGAUUUUUGUUCGUGAUGGAACUAUAAAUUCAGUUAUACUUCAAUGGUAUCACGGACAUGUUAUACAACUUGUUUGGUUCGAUAAUCUUCAAUCAUUUGUUAUAAUAACAGAUGAUAAACAAUAUGAAAUCUAUACAAUUGAAUCAACAUAUAAUCUUCGUUUAAAAAUUCGUUUACGUACUUGUUUACCUAAACAUAAUAUUGAUAUUAUAAAAGAACAGAUGUUUUUACGUACAGAUGAAUAUCAUAUAUAUAUUUAUUAUGAAAGAGCAGAUGAAAGUAAACGAUUACGUUUAUUAAAUCCAACAUUUGAAUGUAUUCAAUCGUAUUCAAUUGAUAAAUGUUUUCAAAGAGAUGAACAUAUUCGUUCUCAUGAUAAUGGUUUUGUUUUAAAUCUCGGUGUUAAUCAAGAAUAUGUUGUUUUAUUUGUCCGGUCUGCAAUAGAUCAUAAUCUAGCAGAUCAAGCUGCGUCACAAAACGAAGAUAUACGUUUAUUAGUAUUCAAUAAAUCUAAUAUGUGUUUUGUUCGUCGAAUAAUUUUAUUGAAUAGAUAUUUUGAUUUACCAUUUAUUGUUCAUUUUACAAAUAUUUCAUCAUUUUUCAUUAUUGAUCAAGUUUGUCAUGUCCUACGAUUUUUUAAUUAUGAAAAAGAAAUUGGUCAAAUUAAAUUAUUACCUUUAAAUACUUCUCCAAUAUUUAAUAAUAGUACCACAAUGUCAAAAUCUAAUCGAGAUUCACAAUAUUCAUCAAUAGUAUUAAUGAAUGAUGGUUCAUUACUUAUAUCAAAUAAUACUCGAAAUGCAAUUCAACUUGUACUUAACGAUCAAACGAAUGAUAUUGAUGACUGGUGA